AUGGAGAGCCUGAGUGAGCUUCAGCAUCCGCUGCUGUCCAAGACUCCUCACCGGGCGCUUAGCAACCAGCUGCUUAGCGACCGCUGCGGUUACUAUGACGACGCCUACAGCCUCCACUACCACGACAGAAUCCUGCGCUACCUGGUCUCCGGCGGCAACGACCCCGACAGCGUCCCCGAGAGCGCGGCGGCGGAACACUUCCUGGACGCCACGUCGCUACACGUCGCCAUGGAGAUGCUUUGCGCGCCUCACUUCCUGCUGUGCCCGGACCAGAAGGGGCGGGGCCUGGGGCUAAGCGCACCAAUCAGGGCAGAGCGGGAAGAGCAGGAGUCGGCUGUCGAGGAGUACGGACCAGAUGACCCUGAGGCACCUCGUCACCAUGGCAACGACCCCGCCGCCCCCCCACGCGACCUCUCCAGCUCCCUCAUACACACCGUCUCAUGCGGAGUAGAGGACCACGCCCAGACACACUACGAGAGGGUGUUGUGUUGUUGGGUUGUUUUUACGUAG